GUCUAGCGUGGGCUGCGCGUCGCGACGCUACGACUUAUGAAAAUAUCUAUCCUUCCUUAAAUACAAUAUAAAAUUUUGAAAUAUAAUAACGCGCACGCGCCAAAUACAUUUAAAUAAAAUAUAAAAUUAAAUAAAUUUGUGUUAUUACACAUUAGUUACAAAAAAAUUUUAAAAAAACUUGAAUCUUGAUAGAAAUUAACAUAUUGAUAUUUAUAAUUUUUUUUUUUUUAAUAUAUUUGAAAAUUUUGUGAAUUUAAAAUUACAACAACUGUGGUUAUUCUAAUAUUGCAUCAAAGUAUAUUAAAAGUUUUAUAAACUUUGGAUUUUGAAAUUUUACUGUAAGCUUUUUUUAUUUAAUCUUUUUUUUUUUUUUCUACAAAGUUUUACUACUGAGCUUUAUUUAGUUUAUUUUUUUUCGGUUUGUUUGUAGAUAUAUCAUUAGUGCUAAUUUAAUUUGGAUUUUUUUUUUUUCAAAAUUUUAUUUGACGUAUGAAGAAUAUGUUUGUUCAGUGAUGUGAUUUUAAAUGAGUUAUUGAUAAUAUGCACGUGAGGUGAAUGAGAAAAAAUACUACAGGAUCUAUCCAAGAUUAUUUGGAUAAAUAUACAUAAUGGUAAGGAUGCCACAUAUGUGGAGACUUAAAGUACGAUGAUUCGGACAACUUGGCCACGAACCAAAAGAAAGUGGCACGAUUCUAAUUUGACAUGGAAUCGUCCAAAACAACGUACAAAUGGUUUUUGCAUAAUAUAUUCAGUUUUUAUUGCUGCAUGGAUGACAAGUCAAAAAGCUCAAUGUACCAUGUGUCCACCACCUGAAACAAUAUCUGGUUGUCCAUGUUAUAAUUUUGCUGAUGGUUUAUUUUUGGAAUGUGCUGGUGCAACUGAGGAUUCACUUAAAAUUGCACUAACUGGUGUUUUGAAUGUUGCUGGUGGAGAAGAUGCCAUUGUUCAGUCAUUAAGUAUAUAUGAAUUGGAUCGUCGUGUUGAAGAGCUACGCUCAAAUGUAUUUCCAAUUGGUACACAAAUAAGACAUUUACAAAUAUCACAUUCUGGUAUACGUGAAAUAAAUGAAGAUGCAUUAGAUAAAUUAAGUGAUAGUAUUGAAUCACUGGGUUUAGUAUCUGGUCGUUUACAACAUAUACCACAAAAAUCAUUAUCAACAUUAAGACGUUUAAAUACACUUGAUCUUGAAUCAAAUCAUAUUUAUGAAUUAUCAAGUCAUAGUUUUUAUGGUUUAUCAUCAUUGAUAAAGCUUAAUUUAAAAAGUAAUCAAAUAAAUAAAAUAUCAGAAUAUACAUUUGCUGGAUUAGAAGAUAAAUUAAAAGACAUUGAUUUAAGUGAAAAUAAAAUACGUAUGUUUCCAAUGACAGCAUUACGUAGGCUAAAUCAUUUAACAACACUACGAUUAGCAUGGAAUGAAAUAUCACAAUUACCAGAAGAUGGAUAUUCACGUCUUGAUACAUUAAAUUUACUUGAUUUAAGUAGUAAUAAUUUUGAUAAAAUACCAUUAAAUUGUUUUCGUUGUUGUCAUGGUUUACAUACAUUAUCAUUAUAUUAUAAUACUGUUGAAUAUGUUGAUAAAGAUGCAUUUAUAUCAUUAAUUGAUCUUGAAAUAAUUGAUUUAAGUCAUAAUAAAAUUGUAUUUUUAGAUAUAUCAACAUUUCGUGCCAAUCAAAAAUUAAUAUCAAUUGAUUUAAGUCAUAAUCAUAUACAUUAUAUUAAAGGUGUAUUUACUAAAUUACCAGAUUUAAAAGAAUUAAUAUUAACUGAUAAUAAUAUACUUGAAAUACCAACUGAUGCAUUUAUUGGCUGUACAAGUUUAUCAAUAAUAUAUUUACAACAAAAUGCAAUAAGACAUAUUGAUUCACGUGGUUUAUAUAGUCUUGGAAAAUUAUUACAAUUACAUUUAAGUGAAAAUUAUAUUGAUAAAAUACCACGUGAUUUUUUAGAACAUUGUGAAAAUUUAUCAACAUUAUCACUGGAUGGUAAUAAUAUACGUGAACUUGAAGUUGGUACAUUUGUUAAAGCUAAACAAUUACGUGAAUUAAAAUUAGAAGAUAAUCAAAUAACUGAAGUUAGACGUGGUGUAUUUCAGCCAUUACCAUCAUUACUUGAAUUACAUUUACAAAAUAAUGCAAUAACUGAUAUGGAAACUGGUGCAUUAAGAUCAUUACAUAAUUUACAGCAUAUAAAUUUACAGGGUAAUUUAUUGGCAGUACUUGGUGAUGUUUUUCAAGUAUCAAAUAGUGAAUUAAAUGGUGAUAAUAUUAAUAAUAAUAAUAACAAUAAUAAUGGUUUAGCAAAUAAUGCUGCUUUAAGUGAAGUUGGUAGUAUUGGUAGUAUUGGUAGUAUUGGCAGUAUUUCUGGUGGUGGUGGUGGUGGUAGUUCACUUGUAUCAAUACAACUUGAUAAUAAUGGUCUUGGUGUAUUACAUAAUGAUUCAUUACGUGGACAAACAUCAGUUAAAAUAAUGUGGCUUGGACAUAAUAGAUUAACACGUUUACAAGCACCAUUAUUUCGUGAUUUAUUACUUGUUGAACGUCUUUAUUUAACAAAUAAUUCAAUAUCACGUAUUGAAGAUAGUGCAUUUCAUCCAAUGCAAUCACUUAAAUAUCUUGAAUUAAGUAUAAAUCAUUUAAGUCAUGUUACUAUUAAAACAUUUUCUGAAUUACAUGAACUUGAAGAACUUUAUUUACAAGAUAAUGGCUUAAGACAUAUUGAUCCAUAUGCAUUAACAGCAUUAAAAAAAUUACGUAUACUUGAUUUAGCAAAUAAUCAUUUAAAUAUACUUCAUAAUACAAUAUUUCAAGAAGGUUUACCAAUAAGAACAUUAAAUUUACGUAAUUGUACAGUUAGUAUUAUUGAACCAGGUGCAUUUAGAGGUUUAAAUAAUCUUUAUGAAUUAAAUUUAGAAUAUAAUUAUUUAACAGCAGUAUCACUUGAUCGUAUUGAUAUACCUGGUUUAAGAAUAUUAAAAAUAUCAUAUAAUAAUUUUAGUCAAAUAAAUAGUGAAUCACUUGAUGGUUUACCAUCAUUACAACAAUUAUCAAUUGAAUCAUCAAAUAUACAUGAUAUACCAUAUGAUUUAUUUAAUAAAAAUAAAAAUCUUGCUAAAUUAUAUUUAAAUAAUAAUAAUAUUAAAUUAUUACCAAGUACAUUGCUAAUUGGUCUUGAUAUAAUACGUGAUAUUAAACUUGAUGGUAAUAAAUUUAAAGACAUACCAUAUGAUAUAUUUACAAAUACAACGACAAUUGAAUAUUUAUCAAUAGCAAAUAAUAUUAUUGAACAUUUUGAUGCAUCAAGAUUAAAUGGUUUAAUUAAUUUACGUGAAUUUGAUUUACAUAAUAAUUAUAUAAAAUCAUUGACUGGUUUUGAAUCAUCAAAUUUUUCAAAGCUCAUAUCAAUUGAUCUUAGUCAUAAUCAUUUAACAAUAUUACCAUAUAAUUUUUUUAUACACUCUGGACAAUUACGUAAAGUUGAAUUAGCUGGUAAUAAGCUACAUCAAAUACCAGGUAUUGCAAUAACAUCACAAAAUAUACCAAAUCUUGGAUGGUUAAAUAUGACACUAAAUCCAUUACAAAGAAUAAGUGAAUAUAGUAUUGAUGGUAAUUAUCAAUCACUACAAGAAAUUCAUAUAUGUUUUACAAAUUUAACAAUAAUAACAAAUCAAGAUUUUGAACCAUUUCCAUCAUUGUUACAUUUAUUUUUAAGUAAUAAUCAUAUAUCAAGAAUAUUAAUAAAUGCAUUUCGUAAAUUACCAAAUUUAUUAACUCUAGAUAUGAGUUUUAAUAAUAUUGAUGUUAUAUCAAGUAAUAUAUUAAAAGGUCUUGUCCAUUUAAAAUUAUUAAAUAUGACUAAUAAUCGUAUUAAAAUACUUGAAGAUUUUCCAAUGGAUUUAAAAAAUUUACAAAUACUUGAUUUUUCACAUAAUAAUAUUGGUACAUUAAGUAAAGGUACAUUUCAACAUCUUGGUAAUUUAGUUGAGCUUCAUUUAUAUGAUAAUUGGAUAUCCUCAAUAUCACAAGAUGCAUUCAGACUACUAAAGAAAUUGCGAAUAUUAGACAUCAGUAGAAAUUAUCUUCAAAAUUUACCAUUGAAUGCAUUUCGUCCUCUUGAGACACAGAUACGAAGUCUACGUACUGAAGAGAAUCCACUUCACUGUGGUUGCGAGUCUCAAGAGCUGUGGGAAUGGCUACGGGACCACCAAAAACUCGUAAGAGGUGGUGGUGGUAUUGGACGUAAUCGUGGAACUGGUAGUAAUGGUAUGGGUGUUAAUGAUGCUGAGGACGGACUUCUUAGAUGUCAACAACCUCCAGAAUUACGUGGACUUGUAUUUCUUGAUCUUGAUCCACAUGCAUUUUGUUCAGCUCCACUUGUACUCAAAAUUAUUAUACAAGAUAUUCAACCAUUUUCAUUACUUGUAUCAUGGCAAAGUCGUAAUCAUACUGGUCUUCAUGGUUAUCAAGUUGCUUAUCAUCCACUUGACAAUGUUGAUGAGAUACGUGGAAGAAUUGUUGAUCCAAAAAUACAUUCAGUUAAACUAACAAAAUUAUCAUCAAAUACAUAUUAUAUAAUAUGUAUAUUAGGUCUUGGUAAUUGGUUAAAUACAAUAAGUGAUAAAAAUAUAAUAAAAAAAUUUAAUAUAACAACAAAUGAUGAUUUUAUUGAUAUUAAAAAAAUACCAGAUAUGAUUGAUUCACAAACAAGUCGUUGUGUUAAAAUAAAAACAUCUGAAUUACCAGCAGCAAUUGUUAUAAAUAGUGAUGGUUCAUCAAUGAGUGAUGUCAGUGGUACAACAAAUAGUAGUAUAUUAACACGUAGAUUUGGUCUUAUUGUUGGUUGUUGUAUGGGUUUUAUUGUCUUUAUAAUAUUAAUCUCCGUUCUUGGCUAUUUAAAAGUUAAAAAACAGAGAGAGACUGUAAAACGUGAUCAACAACCAAUACCACCAGAAUACAUAUCAUAUAGACAUUUUAGUAUACAAUCUGGUGGUGAUGGUGGUGGUGGUGGUAAUGCAACACGUGCCAAUAACAAUCAAGAUACACCACAUCAACAAGGUUUUGUUAAUAAUAUUGGUAAUACACCAUUAAAUGUAUAGCGACAGAGUAAUGGUUCUGCAGGUGACACAGCAAGUGCUAUUGCUAAUGUCUAACAAUUCUGACAGAACCAACGACAAAUCAACGUCAUACUAUGAAAAUCACUUUGCCCUCCAAAACAUCAUACAUAUAUAUAUGUAAUUGCAAACGUAUGUAAUGUAUAUAUAUGUAUAGAUAUUUAAAAAUAAAAUAUGUUGCAUAUAUAUAGGUGCUGGUCUCCAAGAGUCCUCAAUGGGACCAAAAAAACAUUGAAAUAAUAAAAAAUAAAAUUUAAACAAUACAAUUUGUUUGUGAAAAAUUGCACAAGACGAAAAAAAUAUAAAAAUUAUUAUUAUUAUUAUUAAAAAAGACUGUGAAAAAAUAGGAAAAAAUUAUUAUCAACAUAUUGUAUUUAAAAGUGAGUGAAAUUUAUUGAUUUAUACAUUUGUGUAUAUUUGUGGAAAAUAAAAAAAUAGAUGUAAUAAUUUAAUGAUAUAAAAUUAGUUGAAUGAAAAAUACUUGACAUUGGAUUUGAAUAUUUUUUUUUAUUUACGUAUGUGAGGCUUAUUUUAACAGUGAAAUUUUUAUAUUAUAAUAAAAUAUAAACUCAAUAAUUGACAAUGAUAAAUUAUGAAUGAAUUAUUAUUAUUAUAGAAUUUUAAAUGUAUAUUGUGAGUAAAAAUAAUAAUUAAAAAAUUGUAAAUUAACAAAAAAAAUAAAAUAACAAAGUUGGUGGUUUAAUUUAAACUAACCACGAUUGUAUUCGUAAUGUAAUUUCGAGUAUUAUUCUCGGUAAUUACAACUAAACACUGUGCCAUAUCGCAUAUAUUUAACAGCGUAACAUUUGCGACCAGUUUUCUGCAAUUGUGUGUUUCUAAAAUGGACCACAAAUUUUUGUAUCAUAAAUAAAUGAAAUGACAAAAUUUUGAUAGUUGAAAAGAAAAUUUUAACAAAUGUUUAAAUUAAAUUAAUAAAUAGAAGCAAAAAUAAAAAAAUUUAAAAAAAUCAAUUGAUUCUCUUUAAACAUAAUAAGAGAAAAAAUUUAAAAAAAAAAAAAAAAGACAAAUAAAUAAUAAAUAAAAUUUAAAAAAUUAAAAUUAAAAAAUCCAAUGUAGAAAGUUGACCUUUUUUUUUUUUUUCUUUAUUGGUGAUAUAAUGAACACUAGGUUAAAUUAAGCAAUUCUAUUAAGUAAAAAAAAUGUAUCAUCGAAAAAGACACACAAUGUAAUAUAUCAACACAAAACAUCACUGUAAUAAUAAAUGCAAGAAAAAAAAAAAUAAAAAGUUUUUUUUCUUUUCUUUUCUUUUAAAAUUAA